AAACUUAUUUCCCUCUUCAGUCUCCCUCAAUUUUCUCUCUCCUCUUAAGUCCCAACUACAGUUGAAGACUCCACACACAGUAGAGAGAAAAAAACUUAACAUGGGAAGCUCAACUGUUAAUGGCGGCGGAGAGCGUGGUGGCUUAGCCAACGGUGUUGCAGGAACAGUGGACAAAGGUGUGGAUUAUGCCAACUAUUUCUGCACAUAUUCUUUCUUAUACCAUCAAAAAGAAAUGCUCUCUGAUCGUGUUCGAAUGGAUGCUUACUUCAAUUCUAUUUUUCAGAACAAACAUCAUUUUGUUGGAAAGACUGUGUUGGAUGUAGGAACUGGUAGUGGUAUUCUUGCAAUAUGGUCAGCUCAAGCAGGUGCACGGAAGGUCUAUGCAGUUGAAGCUACAAAGAUGACUGAGCAUGCUCGGCAGCUUGUUAAAGCAAAUGGCCUUGAGGGUGUUGUUGAAGUCAUCGAGGGAUCUAUGGAAGAUAUCUCUCUUCCUGAAAAAGUUGAUGUAAUUAUAUCAGAGUGGAUGGGAUACUUCCUUUUGCGCGAGUCCAUGUUUGAUUCUGUGAUUUGUGCCCGCGAUCGAUGGCUGAAGCCUACAGGAGUUAUGUAUCCAAGUCAUGCACGCAUAUGGUUGGCUCCUAUAAAGUCUCACUUGAUAGAUCAGAAAAGGGAUCACUAUGAUGGAGCUAUGGAAGAAUGGUGUGGUUUUGUUGAUGACACUAAGAACUCUUAUGGUGUAGAUAUGAGUAGUCUCACAGAACCCUUUACUGAGGAGCAGAGAAAAUACUACCUACAGACUUCAUUGUGGAACAACCUUAAUCCUGAUCAAGUCAUCGGAACAGCUGCUAUUAUCAAGGAGAUUGAUUGUUUGACUGCCACAGUAGAUGAUAUCCUUACUAUUGAAACUGAUUUUUCCUCAUCAAUCUUGGGUGAGGAUACAAAGUUCUCUGGCUUCGGAGGCUGGUUUGAUGUUCAUUUCCGCGGAAGAAGUGAAAGUCCAGCUACAGCUGAGAUUGAGCUGACAACGGCCCCCAGUGUUCAAAAUGGCACACAUUGGGGUCAGCAAGUCUUCCUCUUGAAUUCUCCUAUCAGAAGUUGUAAAGGCGAUGGUAUGAAUGUUAAUUUUGUGAUGAGUCGCUCUAAAGAAAACCAUCGACUGUUAGAGGUUGACUUGGGGUGUGAGUUCAAACUAGUUUCUGGCAAGUCGCUCCAGUCAUUCAGGAAGAAGUUCUUCAUAGAGUGAGGAAGAAAAUGGAUAGAGCAUUCUUCUUAGUACUAAGGAGCAUUACUAAAGAUCUCCUUUGACUCAGAAGACAUAAAAACAGAAGUCUGAUACACUGUUUAUGUUUUGGUGGGGUAUAUUGCGCGGUGAACUUUUCAAAUGCCAGAGAGGUAUUUACUCUUUGAACUCAAGCUUUCCAGCUGCUUCAAUGGAUUAUGUCGCGAUGAUUUGUGUUAACCUGAACGACUACAAGGAUCCUACAUUAUUUCCAACACGAUUGAGUUUAUCUGUGUCGUUGCUGAAGCCAAGCUGAUGGCGAGGCAAUUAUAUAAUUUUGGCGUCGAAAGAUGUAAUGCAUAAUAACAAUACAAUAGCAAAUAUCUGUGAAAUGGCUAAUUUUGAUGCUGCAGUAGUUUUGUAGUAAUUGACAGUCCAUGUAUAAUUCCUCAGAGCAUUAUACUGAUGAAUGCUGAUUGCUGAA